AUGUCUUCAUCACCAACACUCAACGUCCCCACUGCAACACCCAUUGCCAGUUCCCAAAACUCGCUGUUCAGCAAUGACACCACACUCAAUGAAGGGCCACAAUUGAUGCUACCGGCGCUUCAAGAGGAGAAGGCAGUAGACCCAGUACUCUCGCCGAGGAACUGGCCAAAUGGCAAGAAGAUAAAAAUUUCGGCCAUCAUGUCCGUCAUGACUUUCAUCGUCACAAUGAGUGCCUCAGUAGUUUCCCCUGCUAUCCCAAACAUGGAAGCCUACUUCAAGAUCACCAGGGUUGCUGCCAUUCUCUCCCUUAGUUUAUAUCUUCUCGGUAUCGCCUGCGGAACCAUCGUCUUUGCCCCUCUGAGUGAGGUUUACGGCCGCAACAGGAUCUACCGGCCAACCUGGUUCCUCUUCUUUAUCCUCCACAUCCCCAUCGCGCUCACAGAUAGCUUCGCGGCUCACGUCAUUGUCCGCUUCAUCUGCGGGUUCCUGGCGUCACCUGCAUUGACGGUUGCUGCUGGGUCCUUUACUGAUAUUUAUACCACUGAGGAAGUCGGAAUCCCUCUCGGGUUCUUCAUUCUUUCUGCCUUCCUUGGUCCUGUCGCUGGCCCCGUUACCGGUGGCUACCUAGCGCAGUACGCUCCCGGUGGUGUCCUCGAAUCAUGGCGCUGGAUCAUCUGGUUCAUGAUGAUCUUAGCGGGGAUACUCGGGCUUACUCUUUUCUGGUUGCCGGAAACCUUCUACCCUCUGAUCUUGGAGCGUGAGUCAAGGAAGGUCAACUUCAAGGACAUCAGCAUGGAGCCCGGCAUGGACGCUGGUAUCGAGAAGAAGCAGGCUGUCAAGGCCGUGGCUGGGUGGGGGGAGGUUUUCGGAAGUAUGGGCAGGCCGAUCAUGUUGCUGAUCAAGGAUCCGAUUGUACUUUUGAUGAGCAUGUACCUGAGUUUGAUCUAUGGUAUCUUGUUCCUGUACUUUGGUGCCUACCCAUACGUCUUCUCAGGCCGUUACGGAUGGAAGCAGGGUCCUGCCGGUCUCACCUUCCUUGGCAUCGGGCUCGGCGUCCUCCUCUCGCUGCCCACGGCCGCACUUGGCAACAAGCACUUCUACCUCAAGAAGCGCCACGCACGUGAGGCCAUGGGAAUCAUGGGUGCAUACCCUGAGGGAAGACUCCCGCUGGCAAUUGUAGCGAGUGUUGUGGCACCCAUCAGUGCUUUUUGGUUUGCGUGGACUGGAUUCAAGGAUGUGCACUGGAUGUGGCCAGUUGCUUCGGGAGUGCCGUUUGGAUGGAGCAUGGUCACCAUGUUUGUGUGUGUUCUCGGCUAUCUGGGAGAGGCGUAUUUUGAUAUGUCGGCCUCUUGCAUGGCUUCUGCCACUCUCCUCAGGUGUCUGUUUGCAUUCGGCUUCCCGCUGUUUAUGCCAAAGAUGUACGGCAACCUUGGUGCCGAAUGGGCCGGUACUAUACUAGCCUGUCUCCUUGUUGCCUUCGCACCAAUCCCACUCCUCUUCUACAAAUUCGGUCCCCGAAUCCGUGCCAGAAGUAGAUACGCCACCUCCUCCGGCACAGAGAUCCAGCCAAAGUCCUCCGCCUUCAACUCCGAGACCUACAUCCAGUCAGCGGAGGUUUCGCCAGCUUAA